UAGUGCAUGUGUGUGCACGUUGUCAACAGUUGGCAGUAAUGGGACAAGAAUUUCGUCAAAAGUUGUUGAUAGCGAAGAAGAAGGGAGUGGCAUGAGACGUGCCUGUUCGCUGAGUGAUCUUUCCAUCAACCCUUCAAAUAAGUUACUGCAUGGUCCUGUGCAAGUUUCAGGAAAAUUAGGAAGUAAAAAUAUAAGCACAACAUCAAGAACCGUAUCUGGAAGUGCCAAUCUUAACAGUCAAUCCAAACAUGCUUCAGGAAAAACACAUAUAACAAGAAGUAGCAGCGUUGGUGUUUUAAACCAAAGCGAUUCAGAAUCAGAUGCUGGUAUAGCAGGCGGAAAUAGUAGAGGAUGGAGUAGUCAAACCAGCAACAACAGAAUGACCGGUAUAAUGAGGCCAACGAUUAGUUCUCAAAACAAAAUCAAUCAUCAAAAUAAAUCAAGCUCUUCUGGUAGCACUGUUUCGUCAAUUUUGAGAAGACGUGGAAUGCAAGGAGCUUUUUCAACUAUUAAUCUAAGUCAAGUAGGAAACCAAGAAGACUCGAGUUCAGAGGAUACCUCUUCAAACGGAAAUGGAGGAAAACCAGCAUUACCACCAAGACCUAGAAGUAUUAGCAUUGACCAUUCUUCUGCUAGUUUAAGUUUGCCCAGCGCAACAAUGAGAAGAUCUGGGUCGACAAUUACAUCAAAUGGUCGGGGUAGUGCUAGUGUAAUCGAACAAAAUGGAAGCAAAAUAUCCGCAACAAAUAGAAAUCAGCUGGAGCCUAGUCCACACGAGUUACCAGUCAAAGAUACUGAUCGUACUAUCGAUGUAGCUAGUGCCGAAUUAGGCAUGGAUAAAACAUUAGUGUCCACGCAAUUGUGUAAUACGAUCGCGGACGAACUCAUGCGAACUGCAGAUAAUGUUGUGCAACUAUACAAACGUUUGACGAUAGACAAUGAUGAUGACUCCUCUACAGAAGCAAUCGAUAGGGACACGAUGCUACGAGGACUGGAAUCAUCUGUUAACGAAACUAUGCGUACUUUAAGAUUGGUCAUCGCUGGUAAUGAGAGUCAUAACGACGGAAGUAGCAAGAGUAUCAUCACUAACGAGGCGACUGCGAAGUUUCAAGAAUUACUCGCAGGUCAGGAUCAGGGCAAGGUAGUUAAUAUGAUGCAGCAGUAUUCCGAAUUACUUUUGACUAUGAUGCAACAGCGGAUGGGAGGAACCCAAUCAAGUCAUACGUAAAAUCCGUCCAUUGAUAAAAGGAAUACAAUCAUUUUCAUAUUUAAUGUAUUGGCAUAUCGGAGAUAAUGCAAAGAAUGUGUCUCAUGGUAAUCUCCUUUUAAACAUUGUAUUCUUGAUAAUUCUCUAACAUUUUGAUUUAAAAAAUUCAAAUAUGCUUUAAAACUGAAAAAGAAAUAUUAUUUCGUAAAAAUUUCAUAUGCUUAUCAUAACUGUAUGAAAAUUUUUUCUUUUGCAACUGGUUGAUUGUACUCGAUUUUGUAACUAAUUCGCUUUUAAAUUCGAUAAAAUUAAUUACUCGAUAUAUGCAAUUAUAGCACAAAAUUAUGUUGCACAAAACUUGUCACCAUUUUUAUAUCAUGGAAAAAUAUAAAUCAUUAUUUUCAAUUACUGUCGCGAUAUUAAAAUUAGUCUAUGUAAUUUAUAUUUGUUUAAAGAAGAGUCAUACGAUAAAUUAAGUAAAUGUAAAAUAACAACCGAAUUACAUUUCACAUUUUAAUAUAAAACUGAUUAUGACUCAUCCAUUAUAUCUUAAGGCCAUAUGCCAUGAAAUGCCAAUUAAUUAAAGACUAGUAGAAUAGUUUUUUUUUAAAUACAGGUAUGUAUGUGCGUAUACAUGCGCCUACGUGUGGACAUGCGUGCGUGUGUGCUAUGAGACUUGUAUUAUAACAUAAUAAUUAAUAUUAAUGUUCUUAUGUAACCAAAGGUUGUAUGUAUUAAUGGUCUAAAGGAUGAAUACCAUCUUUUCUUCAUAAUUAAAGCUUCGCAAAAAAUCAUAAUAAAAAGUACGUAGCAUAAACUUGCCAGUA